UGGCAGCGUUCAGCAAAAAAAAAACCUGAGUAAACACGUCGAUCACUGGUUGAGACACUGGCAGAUACUGGUUUACGCUGGUUGUUGACAUCACGGCGAGGUAUCGUGUAAACCACUGUAAACAGUUCGGUUUGCCAAAUCAAUGCUAUGAGUCUACGUUGGAAAAUAUUUCGGGAACUAAGGCAAAGAUUGCAGAUACCAGCGCUGCAGGUAAUAAUAAGAAACUACGACACCUGCCAGCAAUAUCCCACAAAGAAGUACGGAUCUUCCAAAAAUGCGCGAGAUCCUGCUGCACUGUACGCAACAUGCAUCACCGGUGUCGUGACCGCUUUGGGUAUAUCCUACUACAUCAAAUACAAGAGAAACGUUUACGCUCUUAGCGCAACAGAAAGUAUACAAUGUGGUCGAUUGCGAAAGGAUAUGAAGACGUACACCCUGGAGGAGGUCGGGCAGCACGACAGCAAGAAGAAUCGUAUCUGGGUUACCUAUGGGCAAGGUGUGUACGACAUAACGGAGUUUAUUGAUAAACAUCCAGGUGGUCCCUCGAAGAUCAUGAUGGGUGCAGGGGGAUCCAUUGAGCCAUUCUGGACCGUAUUUGCGAAUCACAACACACCAGAAAUUCACUCGCUGCUGGAAUCCAUGAGAAUAGGAAAUAUCUCAGAGGAGGACGCUGAAUCGAACAAAAGUGACUUGUAUGAUCCAUAUGCAACUGAACCCACUAGGCACAAGGCCUUAAUAAUCAAUGGCAGUAAACCUUUCUGUGCAGAGCCAUCUUCACAGUUAUUAGUUGAAAGCUUUCUCACGCCAGUUCAAUUUUUUUACGUAAGAAAUCACUUGCCUGUUCCACAAAUUGAUAUAAAGGAUUACACAUUAGAGUUAGCGAUAGAAGGGACAACCAAGAAAACACUUGACUUCAAGGGGAUAACAAAAUACAAGAAGAAAACGAUAACAGCAGCUGUGAUGUGCGGUGGAAACAGGCGUUCGGAGAUGUCGAAGGUAAAGAAAUUAAAAGGUAUCAACUGGAAUGUGGGUGCUGUUGGAAAUGCGACGUGGACAGGUAUACCAUUGUGCGACAUCUUAAAAGAUUUAGGUAUCAACGAAGACGCGUUUGGUCAUGUUCAGUUUGAAGGAUAUGACAUGGAUCCAUCUGGUACGUCAUACGCAACAAGCAUUCCUAUUUCUAAAGCCAUGGAUCCAAGAUGCGACGUCAUCUUGGCUUAUGAAAUGAACGGAGAACCUUUGAGUAGGGAUCACGGAUUUCCAAUCCGUGUAAUCGUUCCUGGUGUUGUGGGCGCAAGAAACGUAAAAUGGCUGAGCAAAAUUAAUGUGUCAAAGGAUGAGAGUCAAUCACAGUGGCAACAAGGCGACUACAAAGGAUUUUCUCCGAGUACAGAUUGGGACAAUGUAGACUUCAGUAAAUCACCUGCGAUACAAGAGAUGCCUGUAGUAUCGGCGAUAUGCGAACCACAAAAUUCAGAUUUGGUCGAAAUCAAGAAUGGAAAAAUUCGAGUGAAAGGUUACGCAUGGUCGGGUGGUGGACGAAAGGUAAUCCGUGUAGACGUUACAAAUGACAAAGGUAAGACCUGGCAUACGGCAAAUUUGAUGGAAGAUCUAAAGGCAAAGGAAGGUCGACAUUGGAGUUGGACAUUGUGGGAUGUAGAAUUACCUGUAGAUAAGAACUCCAAUGAAGUUGAAAUCUGGGCAAAAGCAGUCGACUCUGCGUAUAAUGUGCAACCUGAAAACUUUACUCACAUAUAUAAUAUCAGAGGAUUACUUUGCAAUGCAUAUCAUAAAAUUAAAGUUCAGUUAAACUUAAACUAAUAAAAGAACUUGUUCUUCGUCUAUCAUUGAUAUAAA